UGCUAUCACUGUUUCGUUCGUUCCGAUUCGGCGAUUCCUUCCAGUCUUCCACUCUCUCUUCCCUUUUCCAUCUACAGUUCUACACCAUCUCUUUGUUCUUACUCUUAUUGUCCAGUUAGUGAUCAGGGCUUUAGGUUUGGGGUUUGAUGCCUCGAGUUCUUCAGAUCUCAACCUGCCCGACUACAGCGCACGAUAAUUUAUAGGUUUUAAGUUUUCUUUAUUCUUUUUGUCUCCGGUUUGCUUCAUAUCGAUUUGUGUGCUCUCCCAUGGCUUCUUCCGGGAAUCCUAAUCAGCCUGGACCAUUUGAAAUGCAGAAGUUCUUCAAACCCUCCAAUCCUACGCCGCCAAAUCCCAACAAUAUUAACACAUCACCAUUUCCACCAUCUUCUUAUCCUCCACCUCCUUCUUCUUAUCCUCCGCCCACCGGCCCUUUCUCCUAUCCACCUCAAACCACCCUAUUCCAUCACCAUUAUCUCCCUUAUGGACAAGACCAACUUUCUAACGUGCACCAGCAGAGGCCCAUCUCUUAUCCCACUCCCCCUUUGCAGCCUCCUCCUCACCUCCCUUCUCCAAACCCUAAUCCUGGAGCAAGACUGAUGGCUCUACUAAGCACUAACACACCAGCUAAUAUGGAAUUGCCUCCUCAAGCGAUACCUUCGCCCUCAACAGUGUCUGCAUCGUCUGGCACUUCUGAAUUCCCGAUGCACAUCAACCCUCCGAUCUUGCCGGUUAUGCUGUCGGCUCCGCCCGUCAACCCGGCGAUCCCCCCACCCACCCCUAUGCGGUUGCCAAGCAGCAAGCUACCGAAGGGGCGGCAUUUGACCGGCGACCAUGUGGUGUAUGACGUGGACGUAAGGUUGCAGGGCGAGGUUCAGCCUCAGCUCGAGGUCACUCCGAUCACCAAGUACGUUUCAGAUCCCGGACUCGUUUUGGGCCGUCAGAUUGCUGUUAAUAGGACGUACAUAUGUUAUGGACUAAAGUUGGGGGCUAUACGGGUCCUCAACAUAAAUACAGCCUUGAGAUCUUUGCUUCGAGGUCACACUCAGAGGGUUUCAGACAUGGCUUUUUUUGCUGAGGAUGUUCAUCUUUUGGCCAGUGCGAGCAUAGAUGGGAGAGUUUUUGUAUGGAAGAUUAAUGAAGGUCCAGAUGAAGAAGAUAAGCCACAAAUUACAGGAAAAAUUGUUAUUGCCAUUCAAAUACUUGGAGAGGGGGAAUCAGUACAUCCACGAAUCUGUUGGCACUGUCACAAACAAGAAGUUCUAGUAGUUGGUAUUGGAAAGCGUGUGCUGAAAAUUGAUAUGACCAAAGUUGGAAAAGGGGAAAUAUUUUCAGCGGAGGAACCUCUUAGAUGCCCCAUUGACAAACUGAUUGAUGGAGUACAGUUGGUUGGUAAACAUGAUGGAGAGGUGACUGAGUUAUCAAUGUGCCAGUGGAUGACUACUCGUUUGGCUUCAGCAUCAAUGGAUGGCACGGUAAAGAUAUGGGAAGACCGUAAGACGGUACCCCUUGUGGUACUAAGGCCACAUGAUGGUCAACCAGUUGACUCGGUUACAUUCUUAACUGCACCUCACCGCCCAGAUCACAUUAUUCUCAUCACAGCGGGACCAUUGAACCGGGAAGUGAAAAUAUGGGUCUCAGCAAGUGAAGAAGGGUGGCUGCUGCCUAGUGAUUCGGAAUCAUGGAAGUGUACUCAGAUUUUAGAUCUAAAGAGUUCUGAGGAACCUCGACUUGAGGAAGCUUUCUUUAAUCAAGUAGUAGCAUUGCCUCGUGCAGGCCUUCUUUUACUUGCAAAUGCUAAGAAGAAUGCUAUAUAUGCUGUACAUAUAGAAUAUGGUCCAUACCCAGCAGUGACCUGCAUGGAUUAUAUUGCUGAAUUUACUGUUACCAUGCCUAUUCUCAGUCUGACUGGAACAGGUGAUUGCUUACCUGAUGGAGAACAUGUUGUUCAGGUUUACUGUGUCCAGACACAGGCUAUUCAGCAGUAUGCUUUGGACUUGUCUCAGUGCUUACCACCACCUUUGGAGAAUAUGGGGCUAGAGAAGACAGAACCCAGUGUUUCUUGUGCUUUAGAAGCAACUGCCUCAGAUGGGUUUUCACUGGAACCAUCUCUUGGAAGCACUCCUGUUGAGGUGCCUUUAGGAAGUGCAUCACCCAAACCUGCUAGACAUCCUGUGAUUCCAGAUUCUUCUGAGGCUUCAAGCUUGCAUGAACUGACUUCUUCAGGUGUGGAAUUUAAGUCAACUUCGUUGCUAACCGCAACUUCUGAAGCUGAUAAUUAUCAUAUUGCUUCACCACCACUUCCUUUGAGUCCCAGGUUGUCUGGAAAAAUGCUGGGUUUUAGAAGUCCAUCAAAUAACCUCGAGCCUGGUACCCCACUUGGUGAUCAUGGUAGUGACCAACCAGUUCUUGAUUAUUUGGUUGAUAGGAGAGUGGAUAGUGUUCACUCAAAUUUGUCUGGUGUUACUUCCCCAGAUGAUAACUCCCGAAAGGAUGAAAAAAAUGUUGCACAAAAUGAUAUUUUGAUGGUGCCUAAUCCUCCUACGGUGUUCAAACAUCCAACUCAUUUAAUAACUCCUUCAGAGAUACUAUCAAUGACAGUUUCAUCUUCUGAGAGUGUUCAGGUCUGUCAGAGUGUAAAAAGGGACGAGUUAAAGGUUCAAGAUGUGAUUGUCAACAAUGAGGUAGAGAGUGUAGAGGUGGAGGUUAAAGUUGUAGGUGAGACUGGAUCCAGUCAGAAUGAUGAUUUUGAUUCCCAGAGAGUACCCCGUAUUCUUGUUGCAGAGAAAAAGGAGAAAUCCUUUUGCUCCCAGGCAUCAGAUCUUAGUGUUGAGAUGGCUAGGGAAUGUUGUGCAUUGUCCACUGAGAUUUUUAGCAUGGAAGGGACUCAGCAAGUUGAUGAUGCUAGUGUUUCUGAAACAUUAGACCGAGGCCCAAAUGCCAGUGAGCAGGAAAUCCAAGAUUCUUCCAAGGAUGUGGAUGGAAAAGUUGCUGAGUCGACUAUGGAUACAACAGUUCCACAGUCCCCAGUUCCAGCUACAAAAGGCAAGAAGCAGAAGGGGAAAAACUCUCAAGUCUCUGGUCCAUCUUCCCCUUCUCCAAGCUCUUUCAAUUCUACAGAUUCUACAAAUGAACCUGGUAGCAGUUCAAGUAUUCCUUCUACGGAUGCAGCUUUUUCUCAGAUUCUAGCUAUUCAGGAGAUGCUGAAUCAGCUAACGACCAUGCAGAAACAGCUGUCAGUGAUGGUGGCUGUCCCAGUUACAAAAGAAGGCAGAAGACUUGAGGCGGCCCUUGGCAGGAGCAUGGAAAAAGUUGUUAAAGCCAAUACUGAUGCUUUGUGGGCUCGUUUCCAAGAGGAGAAUGUCAAACAUGAGAAAUCAGAAAGGGAGCGUCUGCAGCAGACAACCAGUUUGAUAUCCAACUCAAUGAACAAGGACUUCCCAUUCCUUCUGGAGAGAACGCUAAAGAAGGAAAUAGCUUCAGUAGGGCCAACUGUAGCUCGUGCUAUUACUCCAGUUGUGGAGAAAGCAAUUUCUUCUGCAAUAGUGGAGUCAUUCCAGAGAGGGGUAGGAGACAAGGCAGUGAGUCAGUUGGAAAAGUCCGUUAAUUCUAAACUUGAAGCUACUGUGGCUAGACAAAUUCAAGCACAGUUUCAGACAUCAGGGAAACAAACUCUUCAGGAUGCAUUAAGGUCUAGUUUGGAAGCUUCUGUUAUUCCAGCUUUUGAGAUGUCAUGCAAAACCAUGUUUGAGCAAGUUGAUGCUGCAUUCCAGAAAGGGAUGGCUGAACAUACAACUGCAGUUCAGCAGCAGUUUGAAUCUGCACAUUCUUCAUUGGCGCUUGCUUUGAGGGAUGCCAUUAAUUCAGCUUCAUCAAUCACCCAAACUCUAACUGGUGAAUUUGCUGAUAGCCAGCGCAAACUCCUAGCUCUUGCAGCUGCAGGGGCUAACUCAAAAGCUGUAAAUCCCUUGGUUACACAAUUAAGCAAUGGACCGUUGGGUGGUCUCCAUGAUAUGGUAGAGGUGCCUCUGGAUCCAACCAAAGACAUCUCAAGGUUGCUAUCAGAACGCAAAUAUGAAGAAGCAUUCACUGCAGCAUUACAAAGAAGUGAUGUCUCCAUCGUAUCCUGGUUAUGUUCUCAGGUUGAUUUCAAGGGUAUUUUGUCAAUGAUGCCUCGUCCUUUGAGCCAAGGAGUUUUGCUUUCCCUUCUUCAGCAGUUGGCCUGUGAUAUCGGCAAAGAAACAUCCCGGAAGUUGUCAUGGAUGACAGAUGUGGUUAUUGUCAUUAACCCAACGGACUCGAUGAUUGCAAUGCACGUAAGACCCAUCUUUGAGCAGGUCUAUCAGAUAUUGGCCCAUCACUGCACCAUCCCAACUGUCAAUGCUGCUGAUGCUGCAAGCAUUAGAAUUGUCAUGCACAUCAUAAACUCCAUGUUGAUGAGCUGUAAAUGAUGCCCGUCUUUUCUAUAAUGUGUGCAGAAUUGGCAUUCAACUUUUGGUGUGUAGUUGGGGACUGUAGGAGGGUUUGUACAGAGUACUAGGAAUUUCUGUGGGUUACUUGCUGCAUAGAGUUAGGAAUGUGAUUAUGUAAAAGUAGAUCAUCCCCCCCCUUAUAAAGUUUCGCUUUGGCUUCAAAUGCAUUUUCAGUAACUUAAUUUUCUCAUAUAGACUGACCUUUCGAAUAUCUGUAGGUUUCUGUCAGAUUGUUCUGUACAUCUGUAGAAUAUAGGUUUAUCAUGCACGUCGAUAUAACAUUGUGUCAGGCUGGGUGGGCAUGCUCUAUCAUAUAUCAUCCAGGUACGAAUCACAUUCAUGUUCCAGAUGUGUGCGUUGGUAGUUUGGCAUGAGAAGGUAACAGUUUUUUUUUUUU